AUGUUGCAUCUCAUAAGGAGUGUAGGUGAAAAUAUGUGUACUGAACUCGAGUGCCAAAAGCAUACUGAUUUUAUUGUGUCUAAAAUACCGAUAGCGAUACACGCGAUAAUACAUCAUAAUUACGUAACCGUUAUUGUAGAUAGCAGACAUUUGGCACGGGACACCCAUAAAAUUCAUUGUCCAUAUAAUGCAGCUCAUUCAAUGCUAAAAAAUACAUUAACCAGCCAUUUGAAUAUAUGCCCGGAUAAAUCACCUCAUUUUGGACAAUGUUUUUACAAUAUAACACAUGUAAUGCCUAAAACAGAUUUGAAGAAUCAUGAAGAAAAUUGCCCUGACAGAAAAUCUAUUGAUGUAGCCAUUUAUAAGGCAGAAGACAUGACGCGUCCAGAUUUUAAUGUAGAAAAUAUACCAACAAUAAAGUAUGAAGAAUCUUGGGAUUGUUUGGAACAAGCACCUGAAGUUUUAAAGACCAUCAAAACAAAAACCACUUCAAUGAAAGCAACUCAUAACAUAACAAGAUCAGAACGUAAACAACAUCGUAUCAAUUUACAUGAAAAUUAUAUUAAUAACGUUGAUGGUAAAGAUGAGAAGAAACAGCAGAAAAAGAAAAUGGAUACAACACCAUUAUUUUUUGGAAAGAGACCCAAUACAUUUAAAUAA